CGCGACCCGUCGCUGCAGACCCCAUGUUCAUCUUCCUUCGUGCAGCCGUAAAUACACUGACAAGGCUAUCAAACCCUCGAGUGGCCGGCACAGGCCACCGGAACUUGGGGGUAGUUCUGCAAGCUGCCCAUCGCCUGUCUGCGAGGGCCAUCGCGAUGGUUUGGAACCGACAGUAAGUUUGUCCAAUCACCGACAAUGACAAGAGGCCUGAUACCGGCGUUGCAGCGUGCUCCGGCUACCUGCCGUCCCUGCCACCGUGCAAACGCUUGCUCCUCAGGCGCCCAAUCCUACAGUAACGCCUCCUGCCGAGGGUGAGAGGGACCUGCUAGGUUACGAUGAACACCUUCACCCCUUCAUUCCUCCUCCGCCCUUCAUCCCUUCACUCAAGGACCAUAUGCGGAACCUCUGGAGUUGGUGGCUACCGACGCAGGCAACAACAUGGCCUGCGGUGCAGCCUUUCGUCAGCUGCAUGGCUCGACGCCCCGCGCGAUCCAUCUUAUGGGGGAAAUGCUCCCUGCUAUACCCCGAUUUCUACUUCUCCCUUUCCCUGACGAAGUUGAAGCCCCGGACAUCGCGCUGGGGCCGCCUCCACGGCAGCAGCGCGUUCGCCGCAAUGUGCCAUUACGAGUAGACCUCGAUCGUAAUGGCAGCGGUGAUGCGGACCGGACGCCUCAUCUUGCCGGGAUUCCAUCCGCUUCCCCGCAGGAACCUCACGAGCAGCUGGGCUUGUCCGAUGGCCACUGGGUCACGCCCCACGCCGAACUCGGAAGCUUCGAUGUGAGGGUCGAACCGUUCCCUCGUGUGGCGGACACCUCCAAC